AUGGCUGGGUUGAUGCCUAGUGAUACUUCAAUCCAUGGAUUGUACGAAGGUGGGUCUUACAAACUUUCUGAAGACAAGCCAGAGGAAGUUGGUGGCCGUUGGUAUUUGUCUAGGAAGGAAAUUGAAGAAAAUUCCCCAUCUAGACGAGAUGCCAUCGAUUUGAAGAAAGAGACUUAUCUACGCAAGUCAUACUGUACAUUCCUGCAAGAUUUGGGCAUGAAGCUUAAAGUGCCCCAGGUGACCAUUGCUACGGCAAUAAUUUUUUGUCAUCGUUUCUUCCUUCGACAAUCCCAUGCAAAGAAUGAUAGGCGGACCAUUGCGACAGUUUGCAUGUUUCUGGCGGGGAAGGUUGAAGAAACUCCUCGUCCUUUAAAAGAUGUUAUACUAGUUUCUUAUGAAAUUAUUCAUAAAAAGGAUCCUGCCGCCAUACAAAGGAUCAAGCAAAAGGGUGGUGUAGAAGAGGAAGAUGUGAAGAGAGUAACGUGGCGUCGGGGAGUUGUGGCUUGGCCAUUGGUGGUGCUGUUGGGGAUGAGAAAAGGGAAGGAUAAUAUAGACUGGGGGAGAGAGAAAAGAAAAACAAAGCAAGGGAGAAGGGGCCGGAGAUUAAGGCAGAGAUGGGGGGAGCGAGUAGAGGUAUAUGAACAACAAAAAGAAUUGAUUUUGGUUGGAGAGAGAGUUGUGCUGGCAACUCUUGGUUUUGAUCUUAAUGUGCAUCAUCCAUAUAAACCCCUUGUUGAGGCAAUUAAGAAGUUCAAGGUUGCCCAGAAUGCUCUUGCCCAAGUUGCAUGGAAUUUUGUGAAUGAUGGGCUUCGGACGUCUCUAUGCUUGCAAUUUAUGCCCCACCACAUUGCAGCAGGUGCCAUUUUUCUUGCUGCAAAGUUCCUCAAGGUAAAGCUCCCAUCUGAUGGUGAGAAGGUCUGGUGGCAGGAGUUUGAUGUCACCCCACGCCAAUUGGAGGAGGUUAGUAAUCAAAUGUUAGAAUUGUAUGAACAAAAUAGAGUGCCACCUUCUCAAACUAGUGAAGUAGAAGGAAGUGCUGGAGAUACUCCACGGGCUCCCUCAAAAGCUCCUGCCGUCAAUGAUGAGCAGGUGACGAAUAAUAGUACUUCUCAGGGUGGGGGAGCUACUUCCAAAGUUGGAACUUUGAAGCCAACAUCAUCUCGGACAGUUCCUGAUCAGUCAUACACCAGUAAUCAUGCUGGGCCUUCAAGGGUGACUCAGAAUCGAAGUAAUGAGUACGGAAACACAGAGACAAAUGGCAUUUCAGGCCACAUGGGAGCCGGUGAGAUUAAUGACAAUCAUCAUCAUGAACCAGAGGCAUUACCUCACCAGGGAAACAUGGGGGCAGUCCAAAAUAUAUCUAGGUUUGAUUCUGAGGGUCAUGGUGAGGAAGAUCAAGAAAGGAUUGCUGGGAGAAUUGAGAUGAGGGAAGCAGGCGAGUUGAAGGACAAAUACCAUAGUCGAAGUCUGGAACAUAAAGAUGGUACACUUGGCCAGUCACCUCAAGAAGCUAUUAAGAAGAUUGACAAAGACAAGGUAAAGGCAGCACUUGAGAAACGAAGGAAGGCCCGUGGUGACAUGGCGCGGAAAACAGACUUCAUGGAUGAGGAUGAUCUCAUCGAGAGAGAACUUGAAGAUGGAAUCGAAUUGGCUGCUGAGAAUGAGAAAAUCAAGCCGGAAAGAAAGCCAAACUGGUCCAAAUCUUCAAACCGAACAGAUAAUGAACACACACAUACUGUGAAGCAUCAAGAUGAGGCUGGAGAUGGGCACCAAGGGAUGAAAGGGCAGUCAUCACGUGGGCAACAUUAUGACAAUGUGGAAGAGGGAGAACUGGAAGCGUUCGAUGAUGCUGACAGGGGACAUCGCUCACCAAAGUCCAGCAACCGCAAAAGGAAGGCUGGUAGCCCUGUGGACAAACCAAUGGAGGGAAAGCAGCGGCAUGAUUGUAUGCCAGGGUCCCACCACCGUAAUCGCCAUGACUUUGCAGAGGAUAAAAACAGGUUGGGGAGGCUUGGUUACCCAGAAAGGGAUCAGAAAAGGCAUGCGCAGGAGAAUCAUGUAUGAAGUGCGUGUUCACUGCUUGCUGGAGCAUGUUUGGAACACACUUGAAUCUUCUACCUAUCGGUGUGAAGAGAGUGGUUUCAUAGAAAUUGUCAUGGGUACGCUCUAUAUACCUCAUGAUUUGGCUCCCCAAAAAAUUAUGGCGACUAAUUAUUGCUGUGCUCAGAGGUGACUAUCUAAGAAUGAAACCGCAGAGCUUCAUUCUAAGAUGGAUGGUUUGGGAUCAACUUUGUUCUAUGUUCCUUUUUUCUUCGUGGGAAAAUUUGUAAGGACAUGUACGGUAAUUAUCUUGGUGGACCAUGAUAUUGGGUCAUUGUCACUGGUUUAAUUUUUAAAUGCAUUUGGGUGUCAUUUGCCCUAUUCCAUGACGAGGAUGAUCGAGGAAAAUCAAGUUGUGGAAUUUAAAUUAUUGAGGUAAGGGGUGAUUUAAUAGUAUUAGUUCUUGUUCACAUGAUAUUAGGUCCUCUUUUUAUGGUUUUCUUUAGAUGGUGGGAAGGUGCUUCAUGUCGUCGUAAACAGUUUUGUUACAACUGCUUCACUGUUACUCUUGAUCUGAGCAUGUAUUAAAGCAAGGCUUGUAUUGCUAAUUUUGUUUCCUUGCUCAAUUGUAGCUGGAUAUGUUGAUUUAACACUGGGUGCAAUGGUUAAUGGUUUGCAUGCCAUUGGUAUAUACCUGCC